AUGAAUGAUGACAGCGUAAGUACGAAGAUUUGUCCCGAGAGAACUACAUUUAUUUGUCCUAUAACUACAACAGAUAUUUAUUCUAAUUCAACACUUCUAGAAACUUCAACUGUACCUACCUUCUUUGCUACGACAAUUUUAGAAGAAAAUUUAAUAAUCACUAAAACACCAACUGAACCAGAAGAAGUAGAAUCAGAACAGACCAAACCUAUAGGACCUAGUAGUACAGCUACAGAAGACGAAACAACAACAGCUUGUAAAGUGACGACAGUAUCAGAAGUAGAAGAAACAUGUUCAAUACAACUGAUUUCGUCUCACACUACAACAAUAGUGACUGAAACUACAACUGAACCAGACGAAGAAUCAAUGCCAAUGAAACUAACAGUUCCUAGUUCUAUAGCUACAGAAGAUUCUACACCAAUAUCUUAUGGGAUGACAACGUCAGAAGUAAAAGGAACAAGUUCAAUAGAAUCGAUUUCUUCUGAUGCAACAAAAAUAAUGACUGAAACUACAACUGAACUACGAAGAGAAGAAUCAACGCCAAAAAAACCUACAAUAACUACUUCUCUAGCUACAGAAGACACUACAACAGUUUAUGAUGUGACGAAGUUAUCAGUCCCUAGUUCUAUAGUUUCAGAAAAGAAUAUAACUAAGACUUCUGAGAUGUCGAUUAUAUCAGAAGUAGAAAAAACAAGUACCAUAGAACCAGUUUUUUCUGAAUCAGGAGAAGAACAGUCAUUAUCAAUGGAACCUAAUUCUACACCUAAAGAAACCACUAUAACAAUAGCUUGUGAGAUAACGACGUCAGAAGUAGAAGAAACAAGUUCAAUAGAAUCUAUUUCUUCUGGCAUGACAACAAAUGUGACUGAUACUACAACUAAAACAGAAAGAGAUGAAUCAUCGUCAACAGAACCUACAGUAUCCCGUUCUACAGCUACAGAAGAUACUUUAACAACAGAUUGUAAUUUGACAACGAUAUCAGAUUUAAAAGAAACAAAUUUAGUAGAAUCAACAAAAACAGUCACUGAAAUUACACGUAAACCAUUUACAGAAGAAUCAACGACAACAGAAUCUACAAUAUCUUGUUCUAUAGCUACAGAAGACACAAAAACAUUAUCUUAUGAGACUACGACUGAAUCUGGAGAAAAAAAAUCAACAAUGACUGGUUAUAAUGUCAAAAAUGACACUACAACAAUAGCUUUUGAUGUGACGAGGGUAUCAGGAGCAAAAGCAAGAGAAUCAAUGCCAACAGAAUAUGCAGUACCUAGUUCUACAGAUGCAAAAGACACAACAAUAAUAAUUUGUGAGGUGAAAACUGUACCUGAACUAGAAAAGACAUGCUCAACAGAAAUGAUUUCUUCUGACACGAAAACAAUAGUGACUGAAACUACAACUGAACGGAAAGAAGAAUCAAUGCCAAUGAAACCAAUAAUCCCUAGUUCUACAGAAACAGAAGAUACUACUACAACAACAGUUUGUGUGGUGACGACGUCAGAAGUAGAAGGAGGAAGUUCAGUAGAACCGAUUUUUUCUAAUACAACAACAAUAGUGACUGAAACUACAACUAAACAAGGAGAAGAACAUUUAUUGUCAGCGGAACUUACAGUAUUUAGUUCUACACGUAAAGAAGACAUUACAACAAUAGCUUGUGAGCUAACGACUAUUUUAGAAGUGGAAGAAGCAAGUUCAAACAAACCAAUUUCUUCUGACACGACAACAGUAGUGACGGAAACUACAACUGAACCAGAAAAACAAGAAUCAACGUUAAUGCAGUCUACAAUCCCUGACUCUACAGCUACACAAUAUACCUGUAAAGAAGGCAGUACAAUAACAGAUUAUGAGGUGACGACUAUCUCAGCAGUAGCAGACACUAAAACAAUAGCUUGUAAGGUGACGACUAUACCUGAAGUAGGAUCAAGUUCAAAUGAAUCAAUUGCUUCUGACACGACAACAGUAGUGACGCCAACGCAAUCUAUAUUCCCUAACUCUACAGCUACAGAAGAUACUACAACAGAAGCUUGUGACGUGACGACUGUGCUAGAAGUAAAAGAAACAGUUUCAAUCGAACCAAUUUCUUCUGACACGACCUUAAUAGUUACUAAAACUACAACUGAAUCAGAAGAAGCUAUGCCGAUGGAAACUACAGUACCUAGUUUUAUAGAAGACUCAACAACAGCUUGUGAUGUGACGACUAUGUCAAAACUAGCAAACACUAUUACAAUAACAACUUCUGAAGUGACGACAUCAAAAAUAGAAGAAACGUGUUUAACAGAACCAAUUUCUUCUGACGUGACAACAAUAGUGAUUAAAACUACAGCUAAAUCAGGAGAAGAAGAAUCAACAGCAAUGGAAUCUAUAGUACUUAAUUCUGUGACUACAGAAGAUACUACAAUAACAACGUGUGGGGCAGCAACGCCAGAAAUAAAAGAAACAAAUUCAAUAGAAACGAUUUCUUCUGAUUUCACAACAAUUGUGACUGAAACUACAUCUGAACUAAACGGAAAAGAAUCAACGCCAACAGAGUCUACAGUACCUAGUUCCUCACUUACAGAAGACAUUUCAACAACAGCUUGUGAUGUGAGAACGGUAUCAGAUGUAGAAGAAACAAGUUCAAUAGAAUCGAUAUUUUCUCACACAACAAUAAUAGUCACUGAAACUACACUUAAACCAGGUGCAGAAGAAUCAACGCCAACAGAAUCUAGAAUAACUAGUUUUAAAGCUACAGAAGACACAACACUAUUAGCUUGUGAGACUACAACUGAACUAGAAGAAAAAGAAUCAACAAUACCUAGUUCUACUAUCAAAAAAGACACUACAACAACAGCUUGCGAUGUAACAAAGGUGUCACAAGUAGAAGAAACAAGUUUAUUACAACUGAUUUCUUUUCAUACCACAGCAAUAGUCACUGAACGAGAAGAAACGGAAACAAUAGUACCUAGUUCUACCUGUGAAAAAGCCACAAGAACAACAACAAAUUGUGAAAUGAUGACAGAGUCAGAAGUAGCAGACACUACAACAAUAGCUUGUGAGGUGACGACAUCAAUAAUAGAAGAAACGUGUUCAACAGAACCUACAGCUGAAUCAAGAAGAAAAGAUUCAAUGACAAUGGAUUCUACAGUCCAUAUUUUUAUGGCUACAGAAGAUACUACAACAACAGCUUGUAAUGUGACGACGUCAGAGAUAGAAGGAACAAGUUCAAUAUUACCAAUUUCUUCUCUUUCGAUGAUACUAGCCACUAAAACUACAGCUGAACCAGGAGUAAAAGAAUCAACGCCAACAGAAACUACAAUACCUUGUUAUACAGCUACAGAAGACAUGACUGUGUCAGAGGUAGUUAAUAUAAGUUCACUAAAACCGAUUUCUUCUGGCAUGCCAACAAUAGUGACUGAAACUACAACUAACCCAGAAUCAGAAGAAUCAAUGCCAACAGAACCUACAAUACCUAGUUCUGCAGCUACAGAAGACACCACAACAGCUUGUGAUAUGAUGACAUCAGAAGUAGAAAAAACAACUUUAAUAGAAGCGAUUUCUUCUUAUACUUCAACAAGAGUCAACAGACCAACAGAACCUACAAUACCUAGUUCUAUAGCUACAGAAGACACCACAAUAACAGCUUGUGAGGUAACGACGUCAGAAUUAAAAGAAACAAGUUCAAUGUUACCAAUUUCUUCUCAUUCGACGACAAUAGCCACUGAAACUACAACUGAUGAACCAGGAGUAGAACAAUCAACGCCAACAGAAGCUACAAUACCUUGUUAUACAGCUACAGAAGACAUGACUGUGUUAGAGGUAGUAGAUACAAGUUCACUAAAACCAAUUUCUUCUGACACGUCAAUAAUAGUGACUAAAACUACAACUAACCCAGAAUCAGAACAAUCAACGCCAACAGAACCUACAAUAUCUAGUUCUGUAGCUUCAGAAGACACCACAACAGCUUGUGAUAUGAUGACGUUAUCAGAAGUAGAAAAAACAACUUCAAUAGAAGCGAUUUCUUAUUAUACUUUAACAAGAGUCACUGAAAUUACAACUGAACCAGAAGAAUCAACCCCAACAGAACCUACAAUACCUAGUUCUGCAGCUACAGAAGACAUCACAACAGUUUGUGAUAUGAUGACGUUAUCAGAAGUAGAAAAAACAACUUCAAUAGAAGCGAUUUCUUCUUAUACUUCAACAAGAGUCAACAAAACAACAGAACCUACAAUACCUAGUUCUAUAGCUACAGAACACACCACAAUAACAGCUUGUGAGGUGACGACGCCCGAAUUAAAAGAAACAACUUCAAUAUUACCAAUUUCUGCUCAUUCGACGACAAUAGCCACUGAAACUACAACUGAACCAAAAGUAGAAGAAUCAAUGCAAACAGAAAGUACAAUACCUUGUUAUACAGCUACAGAAGACAUGACUGUGUCAGAGGUAGUAGAUACAAGUUCAUUAAAACCAAUUUCUUCCGACACGUCAAUAAAAGUGACUGAAACUACAACUGACCCAAAAUCUGUAGAAUCAAAGCCAACAGAACCUACAAUACCUAGUUCUGCAGCAACAGAAGACACUACACCAGCUUGUGAUGUGACGACGUUAUCAGAAGUAGAAAAAACAACUUCAAUAGAAGCGAUUUCUUCUUAUACUUCAACAAGAGUCAACAAAACAACAGAACCUACAAUACCUAGUUCUAUAGCUACAGAACACACCACAAUAACAGCUUGUGAGGUGACGACGCCCGAAUUAAAAGAAACAACUUCAAUAUUACCAAUUUCUGCUCAUUCGACGACAAUAGCCACUGAAACUACAACUGAACCAAAAGUAGAAGAAUCAACGCAAACAGAAAGAACAAUACCUUGUUAUACAGCUACAGAAGACAUGACUGUGUCAGAGGUAGUAGAUACAAGUUCAUUAAAACCAAUUUCUUCCGACACGUCAAUAAAAGUGACUGAAACUACAACUGACCCAAAAUCUGUAGAAUCAAAGCCAACAGAACCUACAAUACCUAGUUCUGCAGCUAAAGAAGACACUACACCAGCUUGUGAUGUGACGACGUUAUCAGAAGUAGAAAAAACAACUUCAAUAGAAGCGAUUUCUUCUUAUACUUCAACAAGAGUCAACAAAACAACAGAACCUACAAUAUCUAGUUCUAUACUUACAGAACACACCACAAUAACAGCUUGUGAGGUGACGACGCCCGAAUUAAAAGAAACAACUUCAAUAUUACCAAUUUCUGCUCAUUCGACGACAAUAGCCACUGAAACUACAACUGAACCAGAAGUAGAAGAAUCAACGCAAACAGAAAGUACAAUACCUUGUUAUACAGCUACAGAAGACAUGACUGUGUCAGAGGUAGUAGAUACAAGUUCAUUAAAACCAAUUUCUUCCGACACGUCAAUAAAAGUGACUGAAACUACAACUGACCCAGAAUCAGAACAAUCAACGCCAACAGAACCUACAAUAUCUAGUUAUGUAGCUUCAGAAGACACCACAACAGCUUGUGAUAUGAUGACGUUAUCAGAAGUAGAAAAAACAACUUCAAUAGAAGCGAUUUCUUAUUAUACUUUAACAAGAGUCACUGAAAUUACAACUGAACCAGAAGAAUCAACCCCAACAGAACCUACAAUACCUAGUUCUGCAGCUACAGAAGACAUCACAACAGUUUGUGAUAUGAUGACGUUAUCAAAAGUAGAAAAAACAACUUCAAUAGAAGCGAUUUCUUCUUAUACUUCAACAAGAGUCAACAAAACAACAGAACCUACAAUACCUAGUUCUAUAGCUACAGAACACACCACAAUAACAGCUUGUGAGGUGACGACGUCCGAAUUAAAAGAAACAACUUCAAUAUUACCAAUUUCUGCUCAUUCGACGAUAAUAGCCACUGAAACUACAACUGAACCAAAAGUAGAAGAAUCAACGCAAACAGAAAGAACAAUACCUUGUUAUACAGCUACAGAAGACAUGACUGUGUCAGAGGUAGUAGAUACAAGUUCAUUAAAACCAAUUUCUUCCGACACGUCAAUAAAAGUGACUGAAACUACAACUGACCCAAAAUCUGUAGAAUCAAAGCCAACAGAACCUACAAUACCUAGUUCUGCAGCAACAGAAGACACUACACCAGCUUGUGAUGUGACGACGUUAUCAGAAGUAGAAAAAACAACUUCAAUAGAAGCGAUUUCUUCUUAUACUUCAACAAGAGUCAACAAAACAACAGAACCUACAAUACCUAGUUCUAUAGCUACAGAACACACCACAAUAACAGCUUGUGAGGUGACGACGCCCGAAUUAAAAGAAACAACUUCAAUAUUACCAAUUUCUGCUCAUUCGACGACAAUAGCCACUGAAACUACAACUGAACCAAAAGUAGAAGAAUCAACGCAAACAGAAAGAACAAUACCUUGUUAUACAGCUACAGAAGACACCACAACAGCUUGUGAUAUGAUGACGUUAUCAAAAGUAGAAAAAUCAUUUUCAAUAGAAGCGAUUUCUUCUUAUACUUUAACAAGAGUUACUGAAAUUACAACUGAACCAGAAGAAUUAACCCCAACAGAACCUACAAUAGCUAGUUCUAUAGCUACAGAAGACACCACAAUAAUAGCUUGUGAGGUGACGACGUCAGAAGUAGAAGAAACAAGUUCAGUAAUACCAAUUUCUUCUCAUUCGACGAUAAUAGCUAAUGAAACUACAACUGAACCAGGAUUAGAAGAAUCAACGCCAACAGAAACUACAAUACCUUGUUAUACAGCUACAGAAGACAUGACUGUGUCAGAGGUAGUAGAUACAAGUUCACUAAAACCGAUUUCUUUUGACACGUCAACAAUAGUGACUGAAACUACAACUAACCCAGAAUCAGAAGAAUCAACGCCAACAGAACCUACAAUACCUAGUUCUGCAGCUACAGAAGAUACCACAAUAACAGCUUGUGAGGUGACGACGUCAGAAGUAGAAGAAGCAAGUUCAAUAGUACCAAUUUCUUCUCAUUCGACGACAAUAGCCAUUGAAACUACAACUGAACCAGAAUCAGAAGAAUCAACUCCAACAGAACCUACAGUACCUAGUUCUGCAGCUACAGAAGAUAUCACAACAGCUUGUAAUAUGAUGACGUUAUCAGAAGUAGAAAAAACAACUUCAAUAGAAGCGAUUUCUUAUUAUACUUUAACAAGAGUCACUGAAAUUACAACUGAACCGGAAGAAUCAACCCCAACAGAACCUACAAUACCUAGUUCUAUAGCUACAGAAGACACCACAAUAAUAGCUUGUGAGGUGACGACGUCAGAAGUAGAAGAAACAAGUUCAAUAUUACCAAUUUCUUCUCAUUCGACGACAAUAGCCACUGAAACUACAACUAAACCAGGAGUAGAAGAAUCAACGCCAACAGAAACAACAAUACCUUGUUAUACAGUUACAGAAGACAUGACUGUGUCAGAGGUAGUAGAUACAAGUUCACUAAACCCUAUUUCUUCUGACACGUCAACAAAAGUAACUGAAACUACAACUAACCCAGAAUCAGAAGAAUCAACGCCAACAGAACCUACAAUACCUAGUUCUGCAGCUACAGAAGACACCACAACAGCUUGUGAUGUGAUGAAGUUAUCAAAAGUAGAAAAAACAACUUCAAUAGAAGCGAUUUCUUCUUAUACUUCAACAAGAGUCACUAAAAUUACAACUGAACCAGAAGAAUCAACCCCAACAGAACCUACAAUACCUAGUUCUAUAGCUACAGAAGAUACCACAAUAACAGCUUGUGAGGUGACGAUGUCAGAAGUAGAAGAAACAAGUUCAAUAGUACCAAUUUCUUCUCAUUCGACGAUAAUAGCUAAUGAAACUACAACUGAACCAGGAUUAGAAGAAUCAACGCCAACAGAAACAACAAUACCUUGUUAUACAGCUACAGAAAUGACUGUGUCAGAGGUAGUAGAUACAAGUUCACUAAAACUGAUUUCUUUUGACACGUCAACAAUAGUGACUGAAACUACAACUAACCCAGAAUCAAAAGAAUCAACGCCAACAGAACCUACAGUACCUUGUUCUGCAGCUACAGAAGAUAUCACAACAGCUUGUGAUAUGAUGACGUUAUCAGAAGUAGAAAAAACAACUUCAAUAGAAGAACCUACAAUACCUAGUUCUAUAGCUACAGAAGACACCACAAUAAUAGCUUGUGAGGUGACGACGUCACAAGUAGAAGAAGCAAGUUCAAUAGUACCAAUUUUUUCUCAUUCGACGAUAAUAGCCAAUGAAACUACAACUGAACCGGGAGUAGAGAAAACAACGCCAACAGAAACUACAACACCUUGUUAUACAGCUACAAAAGACAUGACUGUGUCAGAGGUAGUAGAUUCAAGUUCACUGAAACCAUUUUCUUCUGACGCGUCAACAGUAGUAACUGAAACUACAACUGAUCCAGAAUCAGAAGAAUCAACGCCAACAGAAUCUACAGAAGACACCACAACAGCUUUUGACAUGAUGACGUUAUCAGAAGUAGAAAAAACAACUUCAAUAGAAGCGAUUUCUUCUAAUACUUUAAACAGAGUCACUGAAAUUACAACUAAAUCAGGAGAAGAAUUAAUGCCAACAGAAACUACAGUUCCCAGUUUUGCAGCUACAGAAGAUACUAUAACAGCAUUUUGUGAGAUGACGACUGUGUCAGAAGUAGAAGAAAGGGGUUUAAUAAAACCGAUUUUUUUUAACACCACAACAAUGGUUACUAAAACUAAAACUGAAUCACUAGAAGAAGAAUUAACGCCAACGAAAGUUAAAGUACCUAGUUCUACAGUUAAAGAAGACACUACAACAACAGGUUGUGAGGUGGCGACUGAAUCAGAAAUAGAAGAAACAAGUUCACGUUUUUCUGAGACGACAACCAAAGUCGUUGAAACUGUUUCCAUAGAACCGAUUCCUGCUGAAACGAUACCAGUAGUCACUGAAGCUACAACUGAACAAGAAGAAGAACAAUCAACGCUAACGGUAUCUAGUUAUACAGUUACAGAUGUCACUGCUACAACAGAUUGUGAUAUGACGAGUGUAUCAGAAGUGAAAGAAACAAGUCCACGUUCUGCUAAUAGUACAACACGUCACUAA